AAUGAUUUAGAGAGAGAGAGAGAGAGAACCCCAAGGUUUAUGCUACUACCGAACAUUCCAGUCUUAGGGUAAUCGCCAUUCCUUCAUCUUCUCCUCGUUUCCGUAGCUCACCUUCUGAUUACUCGCCGAAUCCGUUGAAGCUUUUUUUCUUCUUCUUCUUCUGGAUAUGGAGGAGGAGAUACGAACCUCUGUUGAUUCGUCUUCUUCCGUCAAUCUUCCUUUGCGGACCAUCUGUCAUGUGUGCCACAAGCAAUUUUCACAGUAUACGUGUCCUCGUUGUAAUUCUCGGUACUGUUCUCUGCAAUGUUACAAGUCUCAUAGUAAUCGUUGUACCGAGUCCUUUAUGCGAGAAAAUGUUGUUGAGGAGCUGCGGCAAUUGCGGACGGAUGAUAGUACUAAACGUAAAACGCUUGACAUUUUGAAAAGAUUUCAUUCGGAAGAGGAAAUGGAAGACUUGGAUGAGGAUGAUUCAACUUUAUCCGAGGAAACUAUUGAAAAAGUUCUUGCAGUUUCUGUAGGUGGCCAACUCAGUUUUGAUGAUCUGUCUGCGGAGGAGAAGAAACGUUUCUUAAGAGCUAUGGCAUCAGGAGAGUUGAGCAAGAUGAUUGAACCUUGGGAAGCUUGGUGGACGAAACCUUCUGCUAGAACCAUAUCUCUGAGCAAAGAAGGAACACCACUUGUUCAACUCCAUGCUGAGCAGCAAUCGACAAUUUCACUAACAAGUGGAGUAGAAGCGAACCAAUCAAGUGAAAUUCCUCGAGCACCCGAUACCCCAUUACCUCUGCUUAGCAAGCUUAGUUCUGCGAAGCCAUCACCUCUGUUGGCUGUUCAUCUGGUUGAUAUCAUCUAUAGUUACUGUUUCACACUUCGCUUGUAUAAUGGAGACUGGCAGUCAGAUGCUAUAGGAUCAGCUCUGGUUGUUUUGAGUGUCUCCUCUGUCUUGGGCCAAAGUGGUCAACCAGAAACAGUUCUAGAAGCCCUAUCAUCUUGCUUGGAACAAACCUGCUCCCCCGCUUACCGACACGUGGGGGGCUUGCAGCUUGGAUUGAGUCUUAUCGACGAUGUUGCAAUCCUGCUUUCUCUGGGCGAUCCUGCUUUAGUGUGCUUGCUUUGCGACUUGCAGAGGCUUAUUCAAGCUGGGGAAAGAGAUUUGAAAUCAGGAAAGAGGAGAAAAAAAUCUAGAUGGUCAGACAUUGGCACUAAGCUUAAACACGCUGACAGGAAGAUCUUUUUCAUCAUGUGCUGGGUUCACGAGCAGCCAAGUGAAGCUUGGUCAACUUUGGAGAAUAUUGUGAAAAUGGAGAAGAGUUCAAUAAUGGAGUUUGAGCAUCAUAAAAUGUCUACAAAAAUGGAUAGUAAGGCCAAAAGCAGCGAUAAAGUUUUGAUAGAGGAGAUAAAAUGAGAAUCGUGUGCAAACAAUGUGUAUUUGUUGUGUAUUAUCUUUGCCCUGGUAUACAUUAAGGAUCCAUUAUGGCUUGGAGAUCCUAUUUGAAGGGUUUUGGAUAACCUAUAUGCUCAAUCCUCGGAAAAAAUAUAGAGAGGGAAUGCUACAACUACGAUAUGAGUGGCUGUUGUAAUUUCUCAGGUGCUAAAAAAUACAUCAAACAAGCUCUUUCAGGGGCCCUGUCUCUUACAACUUACAGACAGUCUACCACAAGACCUAUACUUCCUCAGAAGCCUCCUUCAAUUACUCAGUGCCUCUCUUCCUGCUAUGCCUAACUGAUUGGCAAACAGGCGGUGGAUUCAAUCUACAAGUAUUUCUAUCACUUGCUCGUCUCAAACAGCCCAUUACUUCUCUCCCUUGGUGCUUGAUUAUGACCAUUUCCCUUCCUUCGACAAAUUUAAAUUCAGUGGAAGGUCUGUUUGCAGGCCUAUUAGCUUUAUAAUAGCUUAUGAAACCCCAAAAUAUGGACAAUGAAGGUAAUUUACAUUCACAAGAUAUGGUAGUGUAUUCCUUUCAUCCUUCUC